CGUCGCUCCUAUCCGGCGCCAAAGCGGAGAGCUUCCGGUGCGCUGUCGCGGUACCCGACCGUGGAACGAAUCGCUUGGGGGCUGGAGACGUUGGCUGCACCUGAUCUGGUUCUGCUCUGUUCUCUGCGUGACUUCGGCUGUUCUGGAAGGCAAGGAAGAAGGGUUCUCCUUUUGGUCACCUACCACUGGCCCCACAUGGCUGCCAUGCAGAUGGAUCCUGAGCUAGCCAAGCGCCUCUUCUUUGAAGGGGCCACUGUGGUCAUCUUGAACAUGCCAAAGGGGACAGAGUUUGGCAUUGACUACAACUCCUGGGAGGUGGGACCCAAGUUCCGGGGUGUGAAGAUGAUCCCCCCAGGUAUCCACUUCCUCCACUACAGCUCUGUGGACAAGGCCAAUCCCAGGGAGUUGGGCCCUCGUAUGGGCUUCUUCCUUAGCCUACAGCAGCGGGGCUUGAUGGUCCUGCGCUGGAAUGCAGUCCAGGAAGAGAUAGACCUGUCUCCAGCCCCAGAGGCUGAGGUAGAAGCCAUGAGGGCCAAUCUCCAGGAGCUGGACCAGUUCCUGGGACCUUACCCAUAUGCCAUGCUCAAGAAGUGGAUCUCACUCACCAACUUCAUCAGUGAGGCCACAAUGGAGAAGCUGCAGCCCGAGAGCCGGCAGAUCUGUGCGUUCUCAGAUGUGCUGCCUGUGCUCUCCAUGAAGCACACCAAGGACCGGGAGGAGCAGAAUCUACCCCGCUGUGGCACUGAGUGCAAAAGCUACCAAGAGGGCCUGGCACGGCUGCCUGAAAUGAAGCCCCGAGCUGGGACAGAGAUCCGCUUUUCAGAGCUGCCCACACAGAUGUACCCAGAAGGUGCCACACCAGCAGAGAUAACCAGACAUAGCAUGGACCUGAGCUAUGCCCUGGAGACUGUGCUCAGCAAGUUCCCCAGCAGCCCCCAGGAUGUGCUUGGUGAACUCCAGUUUGCCUUCGUAUGUUUCCUGCUGGGGAAUGUGUAUGAAGCAUUUGAGCACUGGAAGCAGCUCCUGAACCUCCUGUGUCGGUCAGAAGCAGCCAUGGAGAAGCACCACACCCUCUACAUCAACCUCAUCUCCAUCCUGUACCACCAGCUUGGUGAGAUCCCUGCUGACUUCUUUGUAGAUAUUGUCUCCCAAGACAACUUCCUCACCAGCACCUUACAGGUUUUCUUUUCCUCCGCCUGCAGUGUUGCCGUAGAUGCCACGCUAAGGAAGAAAGCUGAAAAGUUUCAAGCUCACCUGACCAAGAAGUUCCGGUGGGACUUUGCCACGGAGCCUGAGGACUGUGCCCCAGUGGUGGUGGAGCUCCCUGAGGACAUUGAGACUGGCUAACUCGCAGAGCGCUCUCAGCCAUGACAGGCCCCUUCCCACAUAGCUGCAGUCCUGGCCUGUCCAUUCACCUAUCCUAUCCUGGGACCCUCCAGGGCAAUCAUCCUGCUGGGUUCUACAGAGAUGGAGCCAGAAUUCCCUCCACCAAUAAAUAAGUUUCCUCUUUGCCAAAGAGGUUGUAUCCAUCCUGAAGGCACAUUUGGGGGUUCCCUGUCAGCCUGGCCUUGGUGCUUACCUGACUGAAUUUCAAACAGAAGCUUCUGGGAGAGAUCUGCGUCCAUAGCAACCAAAUUCCUUCUGAUGAGAAGAAAUUGAAGCAAAGGUCCAAGAGAACCAAUUGUUUAUUCCAUAGGAUGUUAGAAAACAAGAAACCCUGGACUGCCCGGGGGUUGUAAGAUGUCAGUUGUGACUUUUUUGAUGUUAAAUUGAGAGUGAGGGAGAGAUGAGCCAGAAUUUCUGCCUGCCCCUUGUUGAAUGGCAGUACAUGGAUGGGAAACUCAGGCUGUGACCUCUCUGGAGUCCCAGAUUGGGAAGGGGGAAACAAGGAAGACAGUUGGGUUGUCUGACAAGUGGUCAGCGGUAGCUUUCUCCAUCUCUAUCCCAUUCUGUUCAGAGGCCCCAGUGGGUAAUCUCUUAGGAGUGGUGUGGCCCUGACCUCAGGGGCCUUGCUGGUACUGUCACCUCCCAUCUUUUUCAUUCUGAGGCCUCAGACCCAGAAGUGGGACCUGGCAACCCUCCCACAAGUCCCAAUUCCUCACCAGAGCCACUAUGACUGUUUCUGAUGACCUGGAAAUUCAACAGCAAAAAGAAAGCCCUGAGUAGGCUUCUUAGGCCCUGUUGAAGUUUUUGUGCCUUUUCUUCUGAGUGCUGGAGAUGACCUGGUUAACCUAAAUCUUCCCAGCCCUGCUAUGGAAUUGUCAGUCACCGGAGUAGUGGUGCUUCUGGUUUCCCAGGAGUCCUGAGGGCAUGCCCAUCAUGCUGUGUGGGCAGAGUUCCAUCUCUAGACAGGCACACGGGCCCUGCCAUCCUGACCUCAAACUGUUGUACUAUGAUCACAGUCCCUGUGCCACCCUUUUCCAAGGCAGGGGUUACACUAGGUUUUUGAAUGAGAAUCCCUGCUGGUUAAGACUUUUGGUUCCCUUUGUUUCCUUGUAGAUCUUUUUCCAAGAGUAUAAUGUAUAUUAAAGUCUUUGAGUUGAGACUAAA